UAGCGAGAAGCCUCGCCCCACCAAGCCCCGCCUUCCCGACCGCCUCUUCGGCGGCCCGCUCCCGCGUGAUGACGUCACACGCCAGCGCCAAUGACGCGCUGGCCGCUCCCCCCUGACACUCUUCCUUGGAGCCGGGUUUUUUUUUUUUUUUUCUUUUAGAAAUAUGAGGCGCCAGUCUGUUGUAUGUGCAGCUCCGAUUCCUAAGAAGUUCUUCACUUAGUUGGGAAGGCAGGCAGCACCCCAACCUCAAGCCCCCCGGCGCCGCCCCGCCAGAGCCUGUGGCAGCGACCUGAGUGCAGGUGGGAGGCGGGGUCCCAGGCGCUCGCUUCUACCCCCGCGGCCGCCCGCCGUUUCCUAGGGGCGCAGAAACCGGUUUGUUUGUUUCGCCCGAGCUCUGCGGACCUCUAACACUGCGUUGCUGGGACCCGUCCGAGUCUAACCCGAGGGUUCAGCAGACAUCUGGUGCCAGGUGUACCGACCUCAGUGCACCCCUCAUCCCCCCGCUUUCAGACCAGGUUGUGAGCUGCUGCUGCUGCUUAGACAAACGUGGCUUCGUGACUUCUCUCUCAGGAUGUCAUUUUAAGGUGCAGGGAAGUGUCUGUGCCACAUUAAGUGUCCUAGCAAGAGUCUGCUAGACUUAAGACUUACUUGUCAGUCAUCACCGUUAUUCCUACUAACAUCCUGUGUCAUUGAGGGUAUCUGUUAAGAUGCCGUAGUGGGGGAAAACCAUGGAGAAGUAUGUUAGACUGCAGAAGAUUGGAGAAGGUUCAUUUGGAAAAGCCAUCCUUGUUAAAUCUACAGAAGAUGGCAGGCAAUAUGUUAUCAAGGAAAUUAGUAUCUCAAGAAUGUCCAGUAAAGAAAGGGAAGAGUCAAGGAGAGAAGUUGCAGUAUUGGAAAAUAUGAAACAUCCAAAUAUUGUCCAGUAUAGAGAGUCAUUUGAAGAAAAUGGCUCUCUCUACAUAGUGAUGGAUUACUGUGAAGGAGGAGAUCUAUUUAAACGAAUAAAUGCUCAGAAAGGCACUUUUUUCCAAGAGGAUCAGAUUUUGGACUGGUUUGUACAGAUAUGUUUGGCAUUGAAACAUGUACAUGAUAGAAAAAUUCUCCAUCGAGACAUAAAAUCACAGAACAUAUUUUUAACCAAAGAUGGGACUGUACAACUUGGAGAUUUUGGAAUUGCUAGAGUUCUUAAUAGUACUGUAGAACUGGCUCGGACUUGCAUAGGUACUCCGUACUACUUGUCACCUGAAAUCUGUGAAAAUAAACCUUACAACAAUAAAAGUGACAUUUGGGCUCUGGGAUGUGUUCUUUAUGAGUUGUGUACACUUAAACAUGCAUUUGAAGCUGGUAGUAUGAAAAACCUGGUACUGAAGAUUAUAUCUGGAUCUUUUCCACCUGUGUCUUUGCAUUAUUCUUAUGAUCUCCGCAGUUUGCUGUCUCAGUUAUUUAAAAGAAAUCCUAGGGAUAGACCAUCAGUCAACUCCAUAUUGGAGAAAAGUUUUAUAGCCAAACGCAUUGUAAAGUUUCUCUCACCUCAGCUUAUUGCAGAAGAAUUUUGUCUAAAAUCAUUUCCCAAGUUUGGACCACAGCCAGCUAAAAGACCAACUUCAGGACAGAGUUUGGCUUCUGUUGUGUCUGCUCAAAAAAUCACAAAGCCUUCUGCAAAAUAUGGAGUAUCUUUAGGAUAUAAGAAGUAUGUAGAUAAAAAAUUACUUGAGAAGAAACCACUCCAAAAACAUAAACAGGCCCACCAAAGUCCAGUGAAGAAAGUGAAUCCUGGAGAAGAAAGGAGGAAAAUGUUUGAGGAAGCAAAAAAAAGGGGAAGGUUGGAACUUACUGAAAAAGAAAAGAAACAAAAGGAUCAGAUUAGUUUAAUGAAGGCUGAAGGGAUGAGAAGACUAGAAAAGGAACGGUUGGAGAGAAUAAAUAGGGCCAGAGAACAAGGAUGGAGAAAUGUACUAAGUGCUGGUGGAAGUGGUGAAGUAAAGGCUCCCUUUUUUAUCAGUGGAGGAUCUGUGGCUCCACCUUUCUCUCCUCGAGGACAGUAUGAACAUUAUCAUGCUAUUUUUGACCAAAUGCAGCAACAAAGAGAAAAUAACGAAGCUAAGUGGAAAGGAGAAAUGCAUGGUCGAAGAUUUUAUGAAAGGCAAAAGGGACAUAUAUCUGUGGAAAGAGCUAAACAGGUGGAAGAAUUCCUACAGAGAAAACGGGAAGCAAUGCAAAAUAAAGCACGAGCUGAAGGACAUAUGGGAAUCCUGCAAAACCUGGCAGCUAUGUAUGGAGGCAGGUCCAGCUCUUCAAGAGGAGGGAAACCAAGAGACAAAGAGGAAGAGGUUUAUCUGGCAAGACUGAGACAGAUAAGAUUGCAGAAUUUCAAUGAGCGCCAACAAAUCAGAGCAAAACUUCGUGGUGAAAAGAAAGAAGCUGAUAGUUCUGAAGGACAAGGGAUUGAAGAGGCUGACAUGAGACGUAAAAAAAUUGAAAUAUUUAAGGCCCAAGCAAAUACACGUGCUGCUAUCUUGAAAGAACAAUUAGAACGAAAAAGAAAGGAAGCAUAUGAGAGAGAAAACAAAGUAUGGGAAGAGCAUUUAGUGGCUAAAGGAGUAAAGAAUUCUGAUGUGCCUCCACCCUGGGGACAGCAUGAUACAGGUGGUUCUCCAUCAAAACAGCUGGUGAAACCUGCUAUUUCUGUGACUUCUGCUUUGAAAGAAGUGGGUAUGGACAGAAGUUUAACUGAUACCCAGGAAGUCUCAGAAGAAAUGCAAAAGACAAAUGUUGCUAUCUCAAGCAAGAGGAAAAUACUACGUAGGUUAAAUCAAAAUCUUAAAGCUCAGGAAGAUGAAAAAGGAAAGCAGUAUCAUUCUGAUAGAUGUGAGAUUAUUCAUGAAAAUGCCAAAGAGCAUGAGAAGGAAAAACCUGUUUCGUCUGAUCGCAAGAAAUGGGAAGCAGGUGGUCAACUUGUGAUUCCUCUGGAUGACUUAACACUUGAUACAUCCUUCUCUGCAAGUGAAAAUCAUACCAUUGGAGAGGUUAUUAAGUUGGAUCCUAGUGAAUCUCCAAGAAGAGUCUGGGGAAAAAGCCCUACAGAAUCUGUCCUAAAGGUACUAGGAGAAGCUGAACUACAGCCUCAGACAGAACUGUUAGAAAACACAGCCAUUAGAAGUGAAACUUCUCCUGAUGAGGAAAAAUAUAAACCCUUAGUUACUGAAGAAGAAAAAAUAAAGUGUGUUUCACUUGAAAUGAACAUAUCAGCUACUGUCGAUUAUCCUGUUGUGACAAGUAGUCCAGAGGUUAAUGAGUUAUCUUCACAGAUAUCACUGCAACCAGAUGGAAAUUUGGAUGAACCUGAUGACUUGGAAACAGAAAUUCUACAAGAGCCAAGUAGAACCAAUAAAAAUGAUAGCUUGCCAUGCUUUGUUGAUGUAUGGAUUAAUGAGGUGAAAGAAACACAGGAAACUGAAUUGGAAGACAGGACUGACAUUAACGAAAGUGAAGUACCUGAGGAUGGAAUUCCAAAGAAUGUGAAUCAACUUAAUGAUGUACCUGUAGAACCUGAAAUAGAUGAUUCUGAACACUCUAAAUGCGAGAUAGAUAAACCUGUGCAACCAGAACCAUUUUUCCAUCAAGUGAUUCAUUCUGAACACUUGAACUUAGUCUCUCAGAUUCAGUCAGUCCUGUGUUUGGCAGAAGAAUCCUUUCCACUUCGAUCUCGCUCUGAUUCACCACCAAAAACCAAGAGCAAGAAUUCUCUGCUAAUUGGACUUUCAACUGGUCUGUUUGAUGCAAACAAUCCAAAGAUGUUGAGGACAUGUUCACUUCCAGAUCUCUCAAAAUUAUUUAGAACUCUAAUGGAUGUACCCACUGUAGGAGAUGUACAGCAAGACAAUCUUGAAAUAGAUGAAAUUGGAGAUGAACACAGUAAAGAAGCUCCUUCAGAUUCUGAAGACAUUGUGUUUGAAGAAGCUGAUACAGAUUUGCAAGAACUUCAGGCUUCCAUGGAGCAGUUACUUAGGGAACAACCUGGGGAAGAAUAUAGUGAGGAGGAAGAAUCCAUCUUAAAGAACAGUGAUGUAGAACAGAAUGCAAAUAGGACACAUCUGGCAGAUGAAGAUGACAAUCCCAGCAGUGAAAGUGCCUUAAACGAAGAAUGGCACUCAGAUAAUAGUGAUGGUGAGAUUACUAGUGAAUGUGAAUAUGAUAGUGUCUUUAAUCACCUAGAGGAACUGAGACUUCAACUGGAGCAGGAAAUGGGCUUUGAAAAGUUCUUUGAGGUUUAUGAGAAAGUGAAGGCUAUUCAUGAAGAUGAAGAUGAAAAUAUUGAGGCUUGUUCAACAGUAGUUCAGAAUAUUUUGGGAAAUGAACAUAAGCAUCUUUAUGCCAAGAUUCUUCAUUUAGUCAUGGCAGAUGGAGCCUAUCAAGAAGAUAAUGAUGAAUAAUCCAGAACAUUAUUUAAUCCUCAGCCAUGUAAAAAUAUUUGAAUUUGACUUAUCAGCAUUAACAAAAUUCAGUGAGAAACAUAAACAUUAUUUAUAAAUGAAACACAAGAUUUAAGGUGGGCAUGCUGGUUGCAUGGAAAAGACUGAAAAAACAUCAUACUUUUUAUUAAGAUUCUCACAUUUUGUCUAUUUUAUUUUGUUUACUGAGUUCUGUAGUUACUGCCUGUAGACUGUCUACUUUAGUAAAUCAUCCAACCAUACCAUAACAGAUUGCUAUCUAGACCUGAACUUAAUGGUCUUGAAGGUGUCCUUUCACAGUAAGGUAACUUUUGUCUUGUUUGGUAUAUGUCUUUAAACUGAAGGAAUUAUCUAAAUUGUAAAAGAACACCCAUGGAUUCUCAUUUACAUAUCUAAGCAUCCCCUUUUUUCUGUGUACUUAUGUUCAUGGUCAGCAGUUCUGCAUUAAGUAAAUUUGUCAAGGGCUCUAUAUAAAUCUUUGUAAUUUUGAAGAUGGCACUUUCAGCCUUAAAGUUUAUAUUUUCAGCCCUUUUUCAACCAUGUUGCCUGAAACAGCUCAGUGAAAAAGUCUGUGGGGACAGUCUUAAAAGUCCUUGAAAAACUAAUUAUCAAAGAAGCUAGCAAAGUCAUAUUUACUGAUAUUUAAAGGUUGGUAGUUAUUUAUCUCUCUCAGGACCUGGACCAAAAAUUAUAUCUAAAAGUCUGUGAACUGUAACAUUGACAUAGCAAGUAACAUAAUGUCUUUUUGUUUUUCACUUUUUCUCAUGCAUGUACCUCAAGAACAAUAGACGAAAGGACUCUUUUUCAUGUCAACACUAUGACAGUUUUGGUAACUAAUAUCCCAAAAGGGAAACACUUUUGUCUCUUUCACUUUUUCUGUUAUGAGAGGAUUUAGUUACUUCUUUAACAUGGUGUCCACAUAGUUUCAGUUGUAAUAUGUCAAGUACUACAGUUUCAUUAGAAAUGCCUAAAGACCAAGUGCUUUUAAGAGUAAAAGCAUAAAUUUGAAAUUCUGAGUACAAAACAGCCAGAUUGGCAUAAUCUAUAAUUUUAACAAUAAAAUGUUAUAUUGCAGCACUA